CUUUUUCCUUUUGUAGGCUCAAGCAAUAUAUAGAGGGAGAGCCUUUGUUUUUUGUUUUUGUUUUUUUGAAAUGGCUGUACCAACAGCUGCUGCAGUAAACGGGGGCAUGUUGAAGAUGGGAAGUGUUUCGCAAGCUUAUAUAGAAAGCAAAGCAGUGAAGGAGACGAGGUCUUUGAUAUCUGAGCUUUGCCGCCAGUUCUAUAACCUUGGAUGGGUCUCAGGAACCGGUGGCGGUAUCACCAUGAAAGUCCAUGAUACUUGUAUUCCCAAGCCUCAGCAACUCAUCCUCAUGUCCCCUUCUGGUGUUCAAAAGGAGAGAAUGGAACCAGAUGAUAUGUACAUAUUAUCAGGAGAGGGAUCUAUCAUAUCUUCACCGUCUCCGAAGCCAAACCCUCAUAAGCCUCCCAAGUGCUCUGACUGUGCUCCUCUUUUCAUGAAGGCAUAUCAUAUGCGUGAUGCUGGCUCUGUUAUCCACAGUCAUGGAAUUGAAUCUUGUCUUGUAACAAUGAUAAAUCCGCUUUUGAAAGAGUUUCGUAUCACUCAUAUUGAGAACACACUCUACGAAAACGAGCUCACAGAUUCUCUUGUCAAAGCUAUUGAAGCAUAUCCCAAGACAACUGUUGUGCUUGUUCGCAAUCAUGGCAUAUAUAUAUGGGGAGACUCAUGGAUCAGUGCUAAAACUCAGGCUGAAUGUCACCAUUAUCUCUUUGAUGCUGCUAUUAAACUCCAUCAACUAGGCUUAGACUGGUCUACUCCAGAUCAUGGCCCCAUUCAGAAUGUUAAAGGAUUUUCAAGCGUCAAUAGCAGGAUAAAUGUGACUAAAGCCGGGACGGUGGAUUCAAGUUAUAAAAUUGAGCCAUAUCCACGCUGCAUUGUGCUUGACAUCGAAGGAACUACAACUCCUAUUUCAUUUGUAAUGGAUGUUCUCUUUCCCUAUGCCCGAGACAAUGUCGGGAGGCAUUUGUCUGCAACAUAUGAUAGUGCUGAAACCCAAGAUGAUAUUAAGUUGUUACGUUCUCAAGUUGAGGAUGACUUGAAGCAAGGUGUUACUGGUGCUGUACCUAUCCCCUCGGAAGAGGUGGGAAAAGAGGCGGUGAUUGCAUCUUUAGUUGGUAAUGUCGAAGCAAUGAUAAAAGCUGAUCGAAAAAUUUCUGCCUUGAAGCAAUUGCAAGGUCAUAUAUGGCGUACUGGAUUUGAGAACAACGAGCUGGAAGGAGUUGUUUUUGAUGAUGUACCAGAAGCUCUUGAAAAAUGGCACGCUUUGGGUAUAAAGGUAUACAUAUAUUCCAGUGGUAGCAGGUUGGCUCAGAGGCUUAUAUUUGGAAAUACUAACUACGGUGAUUUGAGGAAGUAUUUGUCCGGAUUUUUUGACACUGCGGUAGGAAACAAAAGAGAAACACAAAGUUAUGUCGAAAUCACCGAGUCAUUGGGAGUCGAUAAACCAUCCGAUAUAUUAUUUCUGACCGAUGUGUAUCAAGAAGCCACGGCUGCAAAAGCUGCAGGUUUGGAGGUCAUAAUCUCCAUCCGGCCAGGAAAUGGUCCUCUUCCGGAGAACCACGGAUUCAACACUGUCAACUCUUUCCUGGAGAUCUGAUAGAAGCUCCGUACUUCUGUAAUGAAAUCGACACUGACAUUUCAUGCAGAUAAUAAAUCCCUUUCGGAUGCAAUAUAUCUUUGAUUUUG